CAAGCUCCCUAGACCUCAGAAUAAAUCUGAAGAUAUCUUAAACAUAGUGAAUCGUGUACUAAGAAGCACACCACCAAACAUACAGCAAACCAUGUCGAAAGCUAUUGGAAUCGAUCUGGGCACCACCUACUCCUGUGUAGGCGUGUUCCAACACGGCAAAGUGGAGAUCAUCGCCAACGACCAGGGAAACCGCACCACUCCCUCUUAUGUGGCCUUCACCGACACCGAACGUCUCAUUGGCGAUGCAGCCAAAAACCAGGUGGCCAUGAACCCCACGAACACGGUCUUCGACGCCAAGCGACUGAUUGGUCGCCAAUUCAACGACUCCAAUGUGCAAAAAGACCUCAAACAUUGGCCUUUCAAAGUAGUCAAUGAAGGGAGUAAGCCCAAAAUUCGAGUGGAUUACAAAUGCCAAGAGAAGACCUUCAAUCCUGAGGAGAUUUCGUCCAUGAUCCUCACCAAGAUGAAGGAAACGGCUGAAGCUUAUCUGGGGACCACGAUCAGGGACGCCGUGGUGACAGUUCCCGCCUAUUUCAACGAUUCUCAACGACAAGCCACCAAAGAUGCCGGAGCCAUUGCCGGACUGAAAGUGUUGAGGAUCAUCAAUGAACCGACUGCCGCGGCCAUUGCCUACGGGUUGGACAAGAAGAAGGGCCAAACUGGAGAGAGUAACGUGCUGAUCUUCGAUUUGGGGGGCGGGACUUUUGACGUCUCCAUCUUGUCCAUUGAGGAUGGAGUGUUUGAAGUUAAGGCCACCGCUGGAGAUACGCACUUGGGUGGGGAGGAUUUUGAUAAUCGCCUAGUGGAUCAUUUUGUCAAGGAAUUCCAAAGAAAGCACAAGAAGGAUCUCACCGGGAACAAGCGAGCCGUUCGACGCCUCAGAACGGCUUGUGAGCGGGCCAAGCGAACCCUCUCCGCCUCGGCCCAAGCCAACAUCGAGAUCGACUCUCUCUUCGAAGGCAUUGACUUCUACACCUCAAUCACCCGAGCUCGAUUUGAAGAGCUCUGUGCCGACCUUUUCCGAGGCACUCUGGAGCCGGUGGAGAAAGCCCUGCGAGAUGCCAAAAUGGACAAGUCCGCCAUCCAUGAUAUCGUUCUGGUGGGUGGAUCCACGCGGAUUCCCAAGAUUCAGAAGCUGCUGCAAGACCUCUUCAAUGGCCGAGAGUUGAACAAGAGCAUCAAUCCAGAUGAAGCUGUAGCCUAUGGUGCGGCCGUACAAGCGGCUAUCUUGACGGGUGAUACCUCUGAUGUGGUCAACGAUCUCCUUCUACUGGAUGUGGCCCCUCUAUCUUUGGGUAUCGAAACUGCCGGCGGAGUGAUGACAUCGCUGAUCAAGAGAAAUACUACCAUCCCCACCAAGCAAACGCAGACAUUCAGCACCUAUUCCGACAAUCAACCGGCGGUCACCGUCCAGGUAUUUGAGGGCGAGAGAGCCAUGACCAAGGAUAAUCAUCUUCUGGGCAGGUUCGACCUCACCGGAAUCCCUCCAGCGCCUCGAGGCGUGCCACAGAUUGAGGUCACCUUCGACAUUGAUGCCAACGGGAUCUUGAACGUGUCGGCCAUGGACAAAUCCUCCGGCAAGCAAGAGAAGAUUACCAUCACCAACGACAAAGGCCGACUCUCCAAGGAUGACAUUGAAAAAAUGGUUCAAGAUGCCGAGAAGUUCAAGGCCGAGGAUGAUGUGCAAAAGAACAAAAUUGCGGCCAAGAACAAUGUGGAAUCUUAUUGUUUCAACAUGAAGAGCUCCCUGGAAGACGGACAAAUCAAGGACAAGAUUUCCGAAGCCGACCGGAACAUGAUCAACGAAAAGUGCAACGAGACCAUCAAAUGGUUGGACAACAACCAAUUGGCCGAGAAAGAGGAGUUAGAGCACAAACUCAAGGAAGUUGAGUCCGUUUGCAAUCCCAUCAUUUCAAAGUUGUACCAAUCUGGUGCUCAUCCUGCCCAUGGAAUGCCCGCCGGAGGAAACGCUGGCGGUCCUACUGUCGAAGAAGUCGACUAAAAAACCAUUUCGAAUCAGAACUUUUGUCAGACUGUAUUUAAAGUAAAAGGUGUGUGAAAAUAUAUUGUGAUUAUUGUUAUCGA